AUGGCAGAGGGAGGCUGUGCGAAGACGGAGGAGGAGGAGGGGCAGGCCACAGAGGAAGACCCUCGGCCGUAUCAUGGUGUGGGUGUGUGCAAGUGGUUCAAUGUUCGGAUGGGUUUUGGAUUCCUGUCCAUGAACACACGGGAUGGUGUGCCUUUGGAAACCGCAGUUGAUGUAUUUGUCCAUCAGAGUAAACUGCACAUGGAGGGUUUCCGCAGUCUGAAGGAGGGUGAGGCUGUCGAGUUCACCUUCAAGAAGUCAUCCAAGGGCCUGGAGUCUGUGCGGGUGACGGGGCCCGGAGGAGCUCACUGUGUGGGCAGCGACCGGAGACCCAAAGGCAAGAGUGUUCAGAAACGCCGGGCCAAAGGAGACAGGUGCUACAACUGUGGCGGUCUGGACCACCACGCCAAAGAGUGCAAACUUCCUCCCCAACCCAAAAGAUGCCAUUUCUGCCAAAGUGUCGCGCACAUGGUGGCAAACUGCCCUGUCAAAGCCCAGCAGUCGACACAAGGCUCUCAGGGAAAGUCUGCGGGUCAGAAACAAGAGGAAGCGGAUCAAAAUCAUUCACCACCACCCACCGACUGA